CGGCCUGGAAUUGAUUAAAUUGGGAGGAGAAAGAAGAGAAGGCUGGGCGAAGCUCAACUCAGCCCGGGGGCCCUCCUUUGAAACUGACUAAUUGGGGAGGGAAGACACAAAGGGAAGCAAAAGGCGCUUGGAGAGAGUCGCAGCGAGGAAGAGUUCCCGCUGGGUGAGUGGAAUUGCCUCCCCUGGGUCGCCAGGGCUGAUCCCCCGAAAGCUCGGAAACUUUUGCCAGGACUCGGGUCCCAAAGGGGAGUGACAGAACGCAGCUCGCCUUGGGGAGGAGACAAGGCGAUCGGGUGCCCAUAAGAACAGAAGGGGGAGAAAACCACCAUGCGCCUCGCCAAAGCGUCCUUGGCCCUCUUCCUGCCGCUGCUUCUGGGAUCUUGCUGGGCCCAGUUCCACGGGGAGAAGGGCAUCUCCAUCCCCGACCAUGGCUUCUGUCAGCCCAUCUCUAUCCCGCUCUGUACCGACAUUGCCUACAACCAGACCAUCAUGCCAAACUUGUUGGGACACACCAGCCAAGAGGAUGCUGGCUUGGAGGUCCACCAGUUCUACCCUCUGGUGAAGGUCCAGUGCUCCCCAGAGCUCAAGUUCUUCCUGUGCUCUAUGUAUGCCCCAGUGUGCACCGUCCUUGAGCAGGCCAUUCCGCCGUGUCGCUCCAUCUGUGAGCGGGCACGCCAGGGCUGCGAAGCCCUCAUGAACAAAUUUGGCUUCCAGUGGCCUGAGCGACUCCGCUGUGAGAACUUUCCCCGCCAUGGGGCGGAGCAGAUCUGUGUGGGGCAGAACCACUCGGAAGAAGGGGGCUCGCCAGCACUGAUCACGAGUGCCACCCCCAUUGCCGGGCAGGGUACAGCAGGACCACCGCGCUAUGCCACCCUCGAUCACCCUUUCCACUGCCCACGAGCCCUCAAGGUGCCCAGCUACCUGAACUACAAGUUCCUUGGGGAAAAGGACUGUGCUGCGCCUUGUGAACCUUCCAGGCUGGAAGGGUACAUGUUCUUCAACCAGGAGGAGAUCCGUUUUGCUCGUAUCUGGAUUCUCAUCUGGUCCGUCCUGUGCUGUGCCUCCACUUUCUUCACAGUCACCACCUACCUGGUGGACAUGCAGCGCUUCCGCUACCCAGAACGGCCCAUCAUCUUCCUCUCGGGCUGCUACACCAUGGUCUCAGUGGCCUACAUUGCAGGCUUUGUGCUGGAGGAACGUGUGGUGUGCAAUGAGCGUUUCCAAGAUGAUGGCUUCCGGACAGUGGUGCAGGGCACCAAGAAGGAAGGCUGCACCAUACUCUUCAUGAUGCUCUACUUCUUCAGUAUGGCCAGCUCCAUCUGGUGGGUCAUCUUGUCCCUCACAUGGUUCCUUGCUGCUGGCAUGAAGUGGGGCCACGAAGCCAUUGAGGCUAAUUCACAGUACUUCCACUUGGCCGCUUGGGCUGUGCCAGCAGUCAAGACCAUCACCAUCCUGGCUAUGGGGCAGAUCGAUGGCGACCUUCUCAGUGGGGUCUGCUUUGUGGGGCUCAACAACAUCGACCCACUUCGGGGCUUUGUUUUGGCCCCACUCUUCGUCUACCUCUUCAUCGGCACCUCCUUUCUGUUGGCGGGCUUUGUGUCGCUUUUCCGCAUCCGUACCAUCAUGAAACAUGGUGGCACCAAGACAGAAAAGCUGGAGCGCCUGAUGGUGCGCAUUGGAGUUUUCAGUGUCCUCUACACGGUGCCAGCCACCAUUGUCAUUGCCUGCUACUUCUAUGAACAGGCCUUUCGCGAGCACUGGGAAAGGAGCUGGAUUAGCCAAAAUUGCAAGAGUUUGGCCAUCCCUUGCCCGCUUCAGUACACCCCACGUAUGACGCCUGAUUUCACAGUCUACAUGAUCAAGUAUCUCAUGACUCUCAUUGUGGGCAUCACCUCAGGCUUCUGGAUCUGGUCUGGGAAAACCCUUCACUCCUGGAGGAAAUUCUAUACCAGGCUAACUAACAGCAAACAUGGGGAGACUACCGUUUGAAAAGGGAUAAUGGAGGCGGCGAAGAGCCAAUGCUGCCAGCUCCAAUGUUUUAAACAAACAUCAGAUGUGCCUCCCUUCAGGAGCUGUGUGCGAGGGUGUUUGUUCUUUGGGGAGCCUCUCUGGAAUUUGGGGAGUGGAGGGAUUUCUAUUCAACAGAGCUGGGACCUCUUCUGACAAUCGGAGAGAAACACACACAGGCACGGGAGAAAAAAGAACGAGGGAGGAAAACCGAAGUAUUUAAAACUGUCUCUUUUUAAUUAAAACAAAAUCUAAAUUUUUUUCUUUAGGUUUUUAUUAACUAUUAAAGGGUGUCUUUUUGUAAUUAAAAUUGUAAAUAGCAUUUGUAAAUUUAAUUAUAUAUUUCUAUUUAAGAGAGAGAGAGAAAGAGAGAGAGAGAGAGAAUACCAGCAAGGAUCCAGAAACAUGGAGCAGGUUGGAGAAAACAAUUUUUUCUCUCCCCCCUCCUCCUUUGGAUACUAAUUUUAUUUCCCCUUUGCCGCUGGCAUACCCUCCCUCUCCACGGAGCCAUGAGGACUGUGUGCUGUUUGGGUUGGCCCAUAACAGGACAUUUUUGCUUGAACUUUUCAUAAGAGCCAGGUUUGUAAUCACUCCCCACCCCGCCCCAACACACAUCUCCCACCAGCUCCUCUUUGGAGACUACAGAUAUUGGUAUGGUUCCAGAAAGACUUACCCCAUCUUCCCACCCCCACCCCCGUUUUCCCUCUCCACUUCAGAAAGUGUGGAAGUAAUUUUCUGAAUCUAUGAAAAUACAAGAAAUUGGGGGUGGUGGGCUGUGAGCCUUCUCCCCUUUCCUGAAAUUUGGGCACUGGCUGUUAGGAUCUCCUUAUGGUUAUUUCUGCUUAAGAGAAUGUACCUCUAGGAAAGGUAUUUACCUCCAAGAAAUACCUCCGAAUUUGCCUGCCUUAAGCUGCAGAAUUCUCUUUCAAUUACAUUUGUACAUUUCUAUUUUUUUCCUAAAGGUUUUGUACAAAAGAUGUCUUUUUAAAACUACGUUUCCGUUAUUAAACAGACUUGUUCUUUGCAAA